GAGCCUGUCUUCUCCCAUUAUUCUCUUAAUACUGGGCGCCUGGAGCCCCAGCAGUAAUGUGGUGGGGAAGUGCCCUGAGCUGAAGCAGAGUUUGGGCCAUUGCUGCUGCUGCCAUUGUCACCACCGUCUUGGCUGUGGAGUGCCUUCAGGCCUGUCCCUUCCUCUUCUUCCUUCAAGCAGUCACCGCCUGCACGUGGAUCACCAGGGCCGGUGAGCUGCCUGUCAUCCCACGUCUCAGCUUUGAGCCAGAGUGGCGGGGGCUCCACCUCUGCCGCCUGCAUGGACGCCAGGAGCUGGGCAGCCAGAAGGUGGCUGUGCCCACCUGGGAUCGCGAUGCUGGCCCUCCUCUCUCUGCUUGGCUGCCAGCUCCCCUCCAGCGAGGCCAAGGUCUACAGCCGCUGCGAGCUGGCCAAAGUGCUGCACGACUUCGGUCUUAAUGGAUUCCGGGGCUACGGCCUGUCUGACUGGAUCUGCCUUGCUUACUUCACCAGUGGCUUCAACACAGCCGCUGUGGACCAUGAGGCUGAUGGAAGCACCAACAACGGCAUCUUCCAGAUCAACAGCCGCAGGUGGUGCAAAGACCUCUCCAAGAAGGCCCUCAACUUGUGCCGGUUAUACUGCUCUGAUUUGCUGAACCCAAACCUCAAAGACACUGUUGUUUGUGCCAUGAAGAUAGCCCAAGAGCCCCUAGGUCUGGGCUACUGGGAGGCCUGGAGGCAUCACUGCCAGGGCAAGGACCUCAGCGACUGGGUGGACGGCUGUGAGUUCUAGGCGCUUCUCUGCAUGGACAAGGCCACACACAGCAGGUCGGGCGACAUGACCCAGGCUUGGGAAGACAAGCCAAGCAAUAAAGCGUAGUUUAACGUAA